AUGCUCCACAGCACCGACCAGAACAGAAACAUCACUGCAAACCAGGAGGGGCAGCAAACACCUGGGGUGCACCCACGCAAACGCCAGGACGCCACAGGGGAGCUGGUCUCGCCACUCGAUCCCUGGACAGCUCCAGUUGGUGUGAGCGCAACCACCUGCCGCAAGACUAAGAGCGCUCCGGGCCAGACAGUCUCCCGUGGGAGUGCGGGCGCGCGUGCGUGCGUGCGACGGAAAUCCCACUUUCUGGCGCCCGCGGUUGGCCCUAGCCGCAGCCGCCUCUGUUGCGAUUGGCCGUACGCGGGGGCCGGUAGUCCCGCGUCCGCCCGCCCCUCCGGCCGCGAGCUGAGCCAGCGGCUGCUUGGAGGCUGUGUCCGCAAGCCGGCAGGGGGAGGCGGCCCGGCCCUGCGCGUCAGGCCUGAGAACUGGGAAGAAGCUGGAGAAAAGAUGCCCUCUGAAUCUUUCUGUUUGGCUGCCCAGGCUCGACUUGACUCCAGGUGGUUGAAAACAGAUAUACAGAUGAUAGUGUCGAACAAAGUGGAACAAAGAAAGAAGAUCUGGAUGUCUGACAGAGAGAAAAAAGAUGAAGAAGAAACUCCUGCACCUGUAUAUAGCGCCAAGUCAAUUCUGGACAGCUGGGUAUGGGGCAAGCAACCAGAUGUGAAUGAACUGAAGGAGUAUCUUUCUGUGCUGGUUAAAGAGCAGUAGGCCCUGGCCAUCCAGUCAGCCACCACCACCCUCUCAGCCCUGCGACUCAAGCAGAGGCUGGUAAUCUUGGAGCACUGUUUCAUUGCCUUGAACUGUUUUUCAGGAGAAUGUCAAAGUUAAGUGGAAAAGCAGCAGCAUUUCUCUGCCUCCUGUGGACAAAAAAAGGUAAUAUAAAGCGAAGAAAGAAUCCUAAUGGGCCGGGCGUGGUGGCUCACGCCUGUAAUCCCAGCACUUUGGGAGUCCGAGGCGGGCG